UAAUAAUAAUAAAUAAUAAUAAUAAUAAUAAUAAUAGUGAAAAAAGUAUAUACAUAUAUAAAAACACUCUUCUUGUUUUGUUGUAAUUGGUUGUUUGCUUGCUGUACACGGAUAAGCGCGGGUUGUCUCUCUCUCUCUGAAAAGCGUGCAGUGAACGCUUUUUAAUUUUAAUUAAUCUUUUUAAUUUUUUUUGUUAAUGUUUUGCUGUAAGAGUUUAAGGAGCGAUGGACGGUGCGCUUACCCCAGACAUGGCCUCGGACGUCCCGUCGCUGGGUGUUGCCCCCGGUAACCAGGGUGCGGAGAGCCAGCCCGGGGGGGCUGUCGUCGCUCAGAGGGGUCCCAAGAGACGGGCACCCCUGGACUUCGACGACGAUGACGAGGAAGGAGACGGAAGCAAGUUAUUCCGGUGUGAUGAUGACCAGGGUGGCAGCAAUGACAAGGAAAGGUUUGCCAGAGAGAACCACAGUGAGAUCGAGCGGCGUCGGCGUAACAAGAUGACCGCGUACAUCACGGAGCUGUCCGACAUGGUGCCCACGUGCAACGCCCUGGCGCGCAAACCGGACAAGCUGACCAUCCUGCGCAUGGCCGUGUCGCACAUGAAGACCCUGCGCGGCACUGGCAACACGACCACCGAUGGCAGCUACAAACCAUCCUUCCUGACUGACCAGGAGCUGAAGCACCUGAUCCUGGAGGCUGCGGACGGCUUCCUGUUUGUGGUGUCGUGUGAGACGGGCCGGUUGGUGUACGUGUCGGACUCUGUCACGCCGGUUCUGAACCAGCAGCAGUCGGACUGGUUCGGCAGCUCCCUGUACGAGCAGGUCCACCCCGAGGACGUGGACAAGCUGAGAGAGCAGCUGUCCACGAGCGAGAGCACCAUGACAGGGAGAGUCCUGGACCUCAAGACUGGCACAGUGAAGAAGGAGGGACAGCAAUCCUCCCAGAGGAUGACUUUGGGGUCCCGACGCUCCUUCAUCUGCAGGAUGAGGUGUGGAAACUGCCCAGUGGAUCCCGUGUCUCUGAACAGACUGAACUUCCUGCGAAACAGACACAGGAGUGGUCUGGGUCCGGUUCAGGACGGGGAGGCCCAGUAUGUGGUGGUGCACUGCACUGGAUACAUCAAGUCUUGGCCCCCUGCUGGAAUUUCGCUGCUGGAGGAGGAGGCGGACGCUGUGCAGGGCAGUAAGUUUUGUCUGGUGGCCAUCGGCAGACUGCAGACGACCAGCUGCUCAAACAGCACUGACAUGAGUAACAUCUCCAUCCCCAUCGAGUUCAUCUCCCGGCACAGCAGCAAAGGGGUCUUCACCUUCGUGGACCAUCGCUGCGUGGCCACUGUGGGCUACCAGCCACAGGAGCUCCUGGGGAAGGAGGUGUUUGAGUUCGCUCACCCCGAGGACCAGGGGCUGCUGAGGGACAGUUUCCAGCAGGUGAUUAAGCUGAAAGGGCAGGUUCUGUCUGUGAUGUUCCGGUUCCGGUCCAAGAGCAGAGAGUGGAUCUGGAUGAGAACCAGCUCCUUCGCCUUCCAGAACCCCUUCUCCGAGGAGAUAGAGUACAUCAUCUGCACCAACACCAACGUGAAGGCCCCGAGCCAGGAGUCUCGCCCUCCCCUCCCCUCCCCUUCAGCGCAGAUACCCCACCUGGGGCAGACGGCAUCUAGGCAGCUACAGCAGCAACAGCAGGCGGCAGAGCUGGAGGGGGUCCCGCGACCAGACGCUAUCGCCCCCUAUGCCUCGAGCCCCGCGGGCGCCGUGCAGGGAAACCACCUGACACAGGUCCCCGUGCAGCCAGUGGCAGCGACCGGGCCGGAGCGCAGCAAACCCCCGGAUAAGGGGAACCCCCUCUUCCAAGACAUGUACCCCGAAAUCAGCGCAGAACAGAGCAAGCCCCUCCCCUCCAGCGCCGGGCAGGGUGCCCUGCAGAUAUUUUCCCAGGGGACUCCCUACAGCAACACGCAGCCCGCAGAGAGCUUCAGGAGUGCUGGCCUGGCUCCCCAGAGUGGUGUUCUCCAGCAGCAGUCUGGCUCAGCCGGACAGAUUCUCACUCAGAUCCCUCGGCAGUCGAACCCAGUGCCAGUGGGAGGAGCCUCGACAUGGACCGGUAGCCGCGCCCCCUUUAGCACUCAGCAGCAGCAGGUGGUUUCUCAGCAGGCCUCUUUGAAGACUCAGCCCCCCUCGUACGGGAUGGGCAGCUUCCAGGGGACCCCCUCGUCCUUCAGCCCUGUGUCCACCGUGUCCCCCAACGCAGCCAGCGUGUACCCCAACAGCAGCCACACCCGCAACCCUGCCAUCUCCACUGCUACUGCCACGGGCACAUUCGGGGAGUCUAACCCAGCAGGCGUGCAGUUCCAGACACGUCCAGCAGAGGGCGCGUGGCAGCAGUGGCAAGGUGCAGGGACUCAGCACAGCCACCAGGGGAGCAGUCAGGCGGAGGUGUUUCCGGACAUGCUGUCGAUUCUGGGGGAGCAGGGACCCGGGUUCGGGAGCGACGAGUUUGUAGAGCUGCCCAUCUUCCCAGCCUUCAAUGAGUAGAGAGCGUGAAGGGAAGCCUCUGAAACGGCAGGACUGUGCAGCUCAGCACUGCGGAGAGAGGGGGCUGCAGCCGGGACGUUUCAGUGUGGAUCCGGGGGGAGCUGGGGGGGUUAAUUCACAUACUGAGCAUGUGAUUUCUGCAGGUGCAAUACCAGCGUUGACGGACGAGGAAUCAGAGUGAAAAGAUACAGAACUGCAGUAAAUCGAGGAGGGGCGACAAUCAGGAGCAGCAAUAGCCUGUUCUAUUUGUUUGUAUCAAAGUGUAUAUUUUAAUAGGUUCAGAAAGAAACACUGGGGGGGGUUCAAUUGAAAUUAUGGCACUACAAAUUAAAAAAAAAAAACCUGAAAUAGUUUAUUGGCUGUGGGAUCCCUAAAUACUUUGUCGCUAUAGUAACCGUGCCAUAAUUCAAACUGAGGGGAACGUCACACUUACAAAUGUAAAAAGAUCUUUUUUAGUGUCUCAUUAUUACUGCAUCUUGUGAUCUUUUAUAUCGUGUUAUCAGAUUUUAAAUAAGAGUUGUGUGUUUUUUUUAAGCAAAGCCACAUUGUACAGUUAAGAGCAGGAGUGCUUCAGAGCUGGAUCAGCGCUCUGCGUGAGAAAACGAGGGAGAGAUGAUUAGAAAUGUAAUCUUUUGUUUUUGUGCAAUGGACAAACUAAAGGUUUUGCAAAUUUGGGUUUUAUUUAGCCGAUGUAUUUCACGAAACAAUUAUACAAUCUUUCUUUCUAA